AUGUUCGAACCCCCGGAAAAGAAGGCCGCCCACGGCGUGUUUAUGCGCCACGUGGUGCUCGUCACCUCGGGCCUCCUCUCCUUCAUCUUCGUCUUGGUUCUCACCACCGGAGCCAACAUAUGGCAUCUCCGAGACGUGUUUUCUGGAAGAGAAAAGAACAAUGUUCCCAAGGACAACAACGGCUCGGAAAAGUACAGGCCGCAGCAGCCGUACCCGGACAUGAAGAAGCUCAAGGUCACGCGGGACUUGCGCUACUAUGCCCAGCAGCUAGGGCUCGAUUUGGAGGAAUACGACAUCACCACAAAAGACGGGUACAUUUUGCCAUUGCACCGGCUCGUGGACCCGGCGGAGUCGGAGGCGGAGCGGGACCGGAAAACGCCCAUUUUGCUCCAGCACGGGCUUCUAUCGGCCUCGGGCGCCUGGCUAGCUCCGGGACGAAACUCGCUUCCAUACUACUUUCUUCACCAGGGCUUUGAUGUGUGGUUGGGCAACAACAGAUGUGAAUUCAAGCCCCGCCAUGCCACGCUCAAGGGCAAUCUCAUGCACAACGAGGAGUUUUGGGACUGGGAUAUCCGGGUUUUCGCUGCUUUUGACCUUCCAUGUAUCAUAGACAAUGUGCUUUCCAGAAAGCCCAACCACGAGCAAUUGUACCUUGUGGGCCACUCCCAGGGGUGUACACAGUCGUUCCUUUUGUUCCGGAACCCGGCUUUGGCGGAGUACCACCGGAAAAUCAUCCAUUUCUUCGCUUUAGCUCCAGCCAUCUUUCCUGGUCUGUUGUUCCACGACCGUUCGUUCAUUAAGUUUAUUCACAACCGCUCGCCCACAGCGUACAAGCUCAUUUUUGGCAAAGGCGUCUUCAUCGGCUUCCUCGGCUGGAGCAGACGCUACAUCGGUACCACCAAGCUCUACUCCAUUCUUUCGUACCAGAUGUUCAAGUACUUGUUCGGGUGGAAUAUCCGCAAUAACUACAAGGACAAGAAGGUGCAGCACAUUCAGUUUGUGAUGAACGUGUCGUACAUUUCCGCCAAGCUCAUGUCGUGGUGGCUUUCGUACUCUGUGGAGGAGGGUUUCCUGAACCAGCUUCAAACAAAGGAGGCUUAUGCCAACGGCGACAACUACGCCUUCACGCCCGUUUCUACAAACGAAGACGAAGAGAAGCAGAUCGGCACGCCUCUGCCGAAUCUCGAUAGAAGCUACUCCAGAACCCAGGAGCAGCAGGAUAUUCCCGUUUCCGACGAAAAGACCUUCUUUCCAUACAAGUUUGAGUGGUUCUCCUUCAACAAAAAACCCGAGGACGUCACGCCCAUGACCAUCUUCAUCUGCGGCGAAGACUACCUUGUGGAUGGCCGCCGGUUGGCUUCUCAUAUGACGCAUUACGAACGCAGACUCUACAAAGAGGGCCAGAACCUCAAGGUUUACGAUUUGCCCACCUACAACCAUCUCGAUGUGAUCUGGGCGCAAGACUGUAUUGGCGAGAUUGGUAUUGAGGUGGCCAAGGAGAUUAAAAAAGAUGAGGAGGCCAGAGACGUUGAGCCUGAGGUUCCCAGUGGGUCACAGGAAAAGAUUCAGGAGCCGUAUGAGUCCGUCUUGGAUCCUGCAAAAGUACCCAUUGAAGCGCAGGCGUGA